UCAAGUCGGGUGACGGGAUUAGCUCCGUUGAGCACCCAAAAGUGUCAAAUCUCAACUUUUAAGCUUUUCCGUCGUUUCCCGGGUCCCGGGCUAAGCGCGUCGCCAACCAUAUCUCCAGGCGCCCCUCCAGCCGACCAGGCAUCAUUCCGGAUCUUCUAUUCACCUUGCAUCUUCUUGAGUAACGACGUUCGAGCACAGCAACCUAAGGCUCUUCAACUGGAAAAGGAGUUUGUCAUCGAACAAAGUUAUGUCUGGAGGAUGGUCGUGUGUCGUACGCUUCGCGUGCCACUUACCCAUGGGCAUGAUUGGCUUCAGCGGCCGUGGCGUAUAUGACGCCGUUAAAGACUUGGACGCCCUUGGAAUCUACGAUGUGAUUCCAGGCGGGCGGAUGUUCUUGUCGGGCCUGCAGAUGUACGCGACUUGGGGAAUAUUUGCGUUCGCAUGGAACUUCGUCAUGUUCAUGGGGUGUAUGGCGUGCUACUCGUGGCUCUGCUUGCUUCUCGGAGUCGUUGAUUCCAUGAUCGCCAGCUCCCUUCUCGUCAGUGCCGUCAAGCAAGCGCAGUUCCUCCCGCGGACUUACAGCAGUUGCGACUACGCGACCGACUGGGGCAACGGGACGGACGGCCGCAACUUUUUCCUCGCUGCCAACGAGACUACAUUCAGCAACUACGGGGGGCCGAAGAACUUAUGUCACAGCAUGGUCGAGCUUUGGGCCAUUACCGUCUCCAUGGGUGUCCUCUACAUGCUGACUGGGGUUAUCAACAUUCUCAUCGGCUUGGUACAGGCUUACGACUGCCAUCAUCGCAACGGGUCCACGUAUUACAGCGGCUACACGACCUACGACACAACAGUCAACAACAGAUCGUCACGUUGGGCUGGCCUCGGCAGGUUUGCUCUUUGGAUCCUGACACCGGUUCUCUGGAUCUUGGACCAGCCCUUGGCAGCCUGCCGGUUCGUUUUGCGAUACACGCGCAAGGCACUUGCCGCUAAGAGGAAAGACAGAAGGGACGGCAAAUCCCUUCAGCACCGAAAUCAGCGCCCAGGAAAGUUUCCCGCCGAGAACGAGCCUGACACUGAUCAUAAGCUUAUGCCAAUACUACCGUAUGAGCUUCUCAUCAAGGUCUCGGCGGACAUCCACUACGUAGAUCUGAUCAGCGCCAGCCGUUCCUCCAAGAGGCUGCGGAUCGGUUUGUUUGGUGCUGGCGGCCCCAAUCCAAGUCAGCUAGAGGACCUCCGACGGUUCUCCUGCCAGGGAAACACAAAACGCAGCUGCGAGCUCUGCGGCAUUCAAACAUGUCCACAUUGUCAAACACUAGUAGCAAUGGCACCGUCUCUAGCGUCCCAGCAUCUCAAGCAUUGCCAACCGCAGUGCUCGAAGUGUUUCUACGACACGUACUGCCGCUGGUGGGGACUGCAAGGCCAGCGCUUGGCGAAGCACAAAGAGACGUGUGGGCUCAAGGAGCAGCGGACCGACGUCGAGAUGGCCUUGACAGCAGGCGUGUCGGCACCGGACACCAAGACCCUGUGCCGAAUGUGCGCCUCGAUGACGCCUGCAGAACGCAGGCGAGCCUUCGAGGCGAAGGACGAAAGGGAGCUCGACCGGAUGGAAAGGCACCCACUCGUUUGCUCCAAGUGCAAGGGUAUGCUCUCGGCAAGGGCUAUGAGAUGGUGGAUCUGCGGGCAGUGCCUUACGGAGUGCCCUUCACACAUGCACCCGGCAUGGGCCGACGGGAAUCCGCCUUGGCCGCUGUAAACAGCUUUGUCUCCAUACUAUGAUCACCAAUGACUUAUCCGCUGGUGAAGCCCUGAGCUUCAUGUUGCUAUGGCUUUAACCCUACUAGUGUCUCUGCACUGCUGCGCGAGCCGCACUGCAGAAGGAAGGAAUGGAGAGAGUGAUGUCGAUGUACGUUGGGUAUUUGUGCGUCAUGUGGGAG